AAGAACAUCAAGAUAAUAUUACAUAUUCACCUUUUCCAUUUCAUUUAUAUUUUUCUCUUUGUUUCCCGCAAAAUUUGCCCUAAUUUUCUCUCUCUAAUCUCUCUCUCUCUGUGUGUGAAGAUCGGAGAAUUUUCCGGCAAGACUUCACGUUUUCGUCGUGAAUCAAUACAGGUCACAUAUACUGAGAUCUGAUCUCGGGAGCUACUCUGAAGGGUCCCUUAUGGGAGGUGUACAAACUAACUUAUAGUUUGUGGGCUUCUCCAUAAUUUUUUCAUAGUGACCAGUUCAGCGGGCAAAAGGGGGAUCAUGUAUAUUUUUAUCUCAUGAAAUCCUCGAACUGUUGUUGUCCCGAUGAAGUUUUCCUUGUAUCCCAUGGGUGUGGGCUAUUUAGCCGUUUCAGCAGUCUGUACCGUAUUGAGCUUUAUCGGCCUCCGAUACUGGUCAGAGCUUUCGUAUGUGAAACUAAAGUCUGAUGGUUUGAUGGGUGAAGAUCUUCUUCACCCUGGGGUUGCCAAUCGCGUACUGGAUUUAUUGUUGGGUUCUUAUACCACUUUUGCAUUGGUGGUCAAUUUUGUUCUCAACGUUUUUAUGCUGGUCAUCUUGUCUCUUAAGACACUAUUUUUUGUUGAGCUGCAAGCGGCUGAAUCUCGGAAAUUGGUGGAGCGGUUAGUUAAUUAUGUUAUCUACAAGGGAACAUUUCUUCCGUUGGUAAUCCCACCAACAAUAGUUCAAGCAGGACUGUGGUCAACAUGGCUGACUGUUUUAUGCUCUUUAAAGAUGUUUCAAGCAAUAGCCAGGGAUCGCCUUGAACGUUUGAACGCCUCUCCUUCUGCAACUCCUUGGACUUAUUUUCGUGUAUAUUCCGCUUUGUUGCUGGUUGUCACUGUCGACGCAGUCUGGAUACGGACGUGCCUACUCAUAUACCAAAGAAUACCAUCAUCUAUGUUUUUGUUAUUAUUCUUUGAACCACUUAGCGUAGCUUUCGAAACACUUCAGGCCAUUUUGGUUCAUGGCUUUCAACUGCUUGAUAUAUGGCUACAUCACUCAGCAGGCAGCACCGCAAAUUCCAAAAUAUCAAAGCUUUUGGAUACGUCAACAGCAGGUUCAUUGUGGGAAUGGAAGAGUGUUAUUUUAAGGAAUCUUGGCUUUUUUCUUGAUAUUAUGACUUUGUUAAUGGCUUUUGGUCAUUAUGUGUAUAUUUGGCGGCUUCAUGGCAUGACAUUCCAUCUUGUAGAUGCAGUUCUUUUCUUAAAUAUACGUGCCUUGUUAAGUGCAAUCGCAAAGCGUAUAAGAGGGUUUGUAAAGUUAAGGAUAGCUUUGAGAACUCUUCACGGGGCUCUCCCCGAUGCAACAUCCGAAGAGAUACAAUCUUAUGAUGAUGAAUGUGCAAUUUGCCGGGAACCAAUGGCCAAGGCUAAGAAGCUCUCGUGCAAUCAUCUUUUCCAUCUUUCGUGUCUGAGAUCUUGGUUAGACCAAGGUUUAAGUGACAACUAUUCCUGCCCCACGUGUCGAAAACCGCUCUUUGUGGGCACACCCGAAGGAAAUUCUGUGCCUCAUUCUGGCGAUGUUUCAAGUGACGAACAACUUGCCCGCCAGUUAAGCUCUACACUUGAUCUACAAAAUACUCCUACUGGUGUAAUCCCAAAUCAAAUUCAGACCCCUUUUGAACGUGACGAUUGGAGGGGGUCAGGAUCAGAAUCGGGUUGGCUGGGGUUUGAUGGGUCGGAUCCAUCUACAAGACCCGCGGGUCUGGGAAGAGUUCAGAUGAUGAUGAGGCAACUUGCAGCUGUUGGUGAAACUUAUGCCCAAACUGCCCUUGAAGAUUCUUCAUGGAAUCUGUGGCCUAUAAGUCCAUCUCAGGCUAGCACAUCUACUUCAAGUUCAAACAACCCUUCUACCAGUGGUAUAAGACAUCGAGGGCAUGCUGGUGGUUCACUCGCUACGACUACCCCGCGUGUUUCAGAUGAUGACUUGUCACAUUUACUUGCAAUGGCGGAAACAGUUCGUGAAGUGCUUCCACAUGUACCAGAUGAGUUAAUAUUGCGGGAUUUGCAGCGAACAAAUUCAGUAUCUGUUAGUGUGAAUAAUCUUCUUCAAAUGUAACUUCCAGUGUGGCCAUGUGUAAGAUUUAUUCUAAUGUAUAUAGAAAGGGUCUACACAAAAUAAAGUUGUUCAACUAUAUAGCCCUUUGAUGUUGUCUCGUCGGUGGUUUAGACUAUAAAUAAAAUCAAUUUUAUCUAA